AUGCAACCAUCCAGAUGUGAGAAAAUCCCCGGUGGCUCAACCGAAGUAAUCGAGGGAUGCGAAGGGGUUCUGGAGAAAUGCCGCCCGGCUCAACCCACGGAGACAACCGGUAUAUCUCCAGGGUUCGUCGGCAGUUAUCGCACGAUCUUGCCAGAGCCAGAGCAAUGUGACGAGCCAGACUUGGAAAUGUCCGCAGCCAAGAAACGCGGGACGCAGACCUUCAGCGGCGGCGGGGCGGGUCCAGCUCGUUCGACCUUCGAGUACGCUAGUGUCGAGCAGGCGAAAGAGCGCGAUUGGAAGAGGAGGUGA